UUCUGUAUUUCUGUAAAUGUCGUUUAUGCCAUUGCGCUUUAUGCCUCCCCGUGUACCCGAAAAUAAUUAUCACCUCUAAGGUGUAAUAGACUAGCCUAGGGAGAAGAAGACUUUUGGUAUUAUAUAAUUAGUUAGUUUUAAUAGUAGCUUGAAGAAUAAGUUAGGGAGGAAAUUUGGUGAACUUAAGAGUUCAAUGGGAGAGAACAAGCCUCUCGAAAGCUUGUAAUUACUAUCUUUAUUUUACUGUUUCUACUUCUUGUUCAUUAGUCACUAGUCAAAGGGUUUUCCAAAUAAAAGCUCCUCCUAAUUUGUGAUGAUCUGAUAAAGACUCUUUUUAAGUGUGAUUUUACUUGGUAUUCUUACCAAAGAUUUCUAAGAACAAGCUAGUAGUUAGGCUAUGUUUAGUUAUCUGAUUUGAUUUGCACCUGCUUUUUUAGGGAACUGAGAGAACUUAUUGUCUCUGAUUAUGAUCUGUUUCUGAACAUUAUAAAGGUUCUGAUCUGAAGUUUUUUUUUUUUUAUUUGGUUCUCUUUUUCCUGAUUUAAUCUAAACUUUAUUUAUCUGAGUAGAACUAAUCUUAAUAAAGUUGAACUUAUUUGAUCAGAUAUGAUUUGAACUUAAAUUUUUUUCGACCGAUCUUCGAUCAUAAAAUAAUAUAAUUGUGAAAACAGAAGACCAAUUAGCUAUUAAGAAUACUUUCCCGUGGGAGAAAAAUAAAGCAUCUGAAUUGAUACAAAUAUUGCAACUUGUUAGAAGCUAUGUUUAAAGAUUGUUUAAGACUCAAGUCAUUGAAAGUUGAUACUUUAUUCAGUUUUCUCCAGUGUAUAUAAAAGUAGUAGUGUCCUCAGAACUGUUAUCAGAUCUUGAAAAUGGUGUACAUAGUAAAGAAAAUGACAAGAACAUCUGCCAUUUUCAAAGCUAUCUUUCUCCUUUCAUAUUUGAUUAUGGUGGUGCACUUGCAUUGUGGAUGUGUGGAAGGGCGCUUGCUUUCAGUCUCAAAGCCAGACCCGAGCGAUGUUGCUGCCUAUGCCCGUUGGUUGGUCUCCCAGAACUCUUGGGGAGUCCUCAAUACUAUUGCAGCAGAUUUAGGAGGUGCACCUUUUGGGAAUGUGAUUUCCUUUAGUGAUGGGAUGCCAGGCGAAGAAGGUGCAGGUAUACCGUACUUCUACCUGACAACUCUUGAUCCCACUGCCUUUAAUGCUCUGAAGGAUCAACGAUCCUCAUUGGCAAUCAGCGAAUACCCACUCGGGACUUGUGGGGAAAAUGAUCCUCAGAAUCCUACAUGUGCAAGAAUUACACUUACAGGAAAGUUAAAACUGGUUGAUGCAGACUCCAAAGAAGCAGAAUUUGCAAGGUCUGUCUUGUUCGCGAAGCAUCCUGAGAUGAUAGAUUGGCCCGACUGGCACAACUUCCAGGUCUUCAAACUAGACAUAGAAAAUAUUUUCAUAGUUAACUGGUUUGGAGGUCGAAAACCUCUUACUGUUGAUCAGUACUUACAGUGGAAAAUGCACAAAUCGGCGUUGUCUUGGUAAUUAUUUAUGCGCUGUGGACUCGUGGUUACGCUUCUGAUUUUGGCUUCUAUUUCAGAUCCUGCUGUGCAUACUCAUUUUCAUAUUGCUAAAUCCUAUCAAUCAUGAUAGUGUACCAAAUGUAAUGUAAAUAACACAUUGUAUUUGUGGCAUUACCUAUCAUGAACAUUUUAAGACAACUACCUAUAAAUUCUAUAUAGCUCUAUUACCUUUUGCCGGAAAAA